CCUCCAUCAUUCGAGCUUACUCUUACAACAUUGGUGACUUGCGUACGAAUAUAGGAUACAAAAUCUCAUCAUGGGUCUACCUCAAUUAGAAACCUGUUGUUUUGUCUUCGAUUUGAAAACAGGCAACAUCAUAAUGGGAUCCUUAAACGCGUUAUUGUCAUUUACGCUUUUCAUAAUGAUGAUAGUUGUGUCGGCUACAAUAGAGCCGAUUAAAUAUGGCUUUGAAGAGGUGAGAGAUUUUGAGAAGGAGGCAGCUGUCACCGGCCUCUAUGUGAUGUCUAUCAUACUUGUGCUGAUGUUUUUGACGAAAUUCUGCUUCGACGUCAUCUUCAUAUACGGCGUAAUCACUGAAAGACCUACCAUCAUCAGAUCCUACUUCUUCAUGUGGGUGGUAUUCUUCCUGCUGUCUAUGUUCACAUUCUUCCUGAACGCCAGACAUUACGACUACGGCACAAUUUGCAUGGAGGUUUUCUAUAUAAGUCUCAACGUUUAUGCGAUCCUGCUGAGUCACAGCUUCUAUAAACAACUUAAUACUAGAGAAGAAGUAUAAAAAAAAUUAUAGUUAAAUUGUAAUUGAAUUAAAUUAUAUAAAUACGUUAAAAUUAUGAAAGACGACAAUAUUACUAAUAAUAUGAAUUGUUAUUUAUUUAGGUAAAUAAUUCUAUUAAAUCGUAUUUAUAUAUAUGUAUAAAUUGAUUGAAUAUAACCUUAU